UUAUAGUGUGGUUACUGCUAGAAGUCUGCCACAGCAUCUUAAGCAAGACACAAGCUAGUGGCACGUGGAGAAGAGUAGUCAGAACGUAGAAAACAGGCUCUCCGAGACUUUUGAGAGCAAAAGUUCAUAGCGCAAUGGAGCAACUAUAUUCAUUUGCACUCGGGAUAAUCUGGAUAUCGACCAAUUUUUCUUAUGUUCUGGCGUGCUCAGUACACAACGGAAUGCUUGGAUGUGGACAUCAGAGCUGCGAUCCUACGUUUCUGCACUUGGACGCGGUGAUGAGCGAGGCGGCUCGGCAGCCGAUCGAAGGCCGGAUUCAUGUGCCCAUUCCCGCCACGCUGGCAUCUGCCGUCACCAUGGAGAGCUACCCGGUGGUCCGUGCCAGUUCCGGCGGUGCGGCGACCUUCCACUGCAGUCCCCUGCGGAUCCUCCCCAACGCAAACGGGAGCAACGCCAAUGAAACAACCGUCAGGUGGGUGCACAAUCAAAAAAUGCUGGCGGCACUCAGCAGCGACGGACUGCAUUUUAAUUACACGGCCUCCGCCGAUGUCCAGCAAACCGUGGACUGGGCGGCCGCCUCCGCCACGCUGACCAUCCGCAACGUCACCUGGGCAUCGCGCGGCAUGUUGACCUGCCUGCAGGAUUGCCCAGCCGCCAAGGAACCCUUGCGAAAAUUCUGCCCUCUGCAGGACUUCCGCUUUCAUGUCACGCCCACCGCUAGCGAAAUCUUCCUGGCGCCCUUAAUGCACAACGUCACGGUCUUCCGCUUCGGGGAGGCGCGCUUCCGGUGCGCCACCACGCUGAUCUUUCCCACCGACGUCUUCCAUGGUCGGAUGGACUUCAUCUGGCGGUACAAUGCGCAAUGGCUGCACGCGCCCCCUUAUCACGCACUGCACCCCUUCGUGGGACCGGUGAGCACGCCCCCGCCGAGGCGCCCUUCCCCCAAGCAUGUCCCGCCGUCGCUGCGGGACAGGAUAGCCGGAGAGACUCUGGCAGAGUACACAGUCUUCUACAAUGACACCGACGGCGAGAACUUCGCCAGCACGCUAGUCGUUCCCAGUGUCCAGCUACAGACGUCGACACCGGCGCGGGUGGAGUGCUGGGUGCAGCCGGAUUACCAGCGGGAGGUCUGGCUGAUGCAAACGGCCUAUCUGCAUGUUCUACCGGCACCAGAUGCCUGGCUAGUCUGAAGGCUGCCCACUAAGCACGACUGGCAUUUCUCAGUGCAUGCAGACUGCAAAAUAUUUCAUUAAUCCUGCCUCCCCUCGACAAACAGAGUGUCGGCUCCAGACCAAUUGCCUGUUCUUCGUUUCAUGUUAAUGUUAAAUGGUAUACAAUAACUAAUUACGAAUUUAAUUUAAGGGGAUGAUUCAUGAUAUAAGAACUUGAUUGCCUUUUGCCGCACUGCCAGCCUGUCACCACCGUGCUGCGCCUGUAUUUUUACUAUCGGCUUUUUUAGCUGCGUUAAGGCACUUUUGUUGGGACUUCAAGCUUCGAGCAUUUUUAUACUUCAUCGUUUACUUGCACUGGAGGAAGUUACAAUCGCACCUGCAGAAUCAUCCUGUCUUGUGCUCCUUGCUGACCUCCCUGUUGACCCUAUCUCUUUUCGCUUGAGAACCAUUUUUUUCUUU